CUACCAGAGCACUAGCAACUGACAACACACACACACACACACUUGCCCACACUCAUAUUGCAAGCAAACACACACACACACGCACACACAUGCACACACAUACAAACACAUACAUACACUCACACACACAUCCUUAGGCUAUUUUUUCAGUGUCACACACACAUAUAGACACACACACAUCACAUUGACGUGUGGGAGCAGCUUGGACUGUGGAUUUGGCACCUGUGGCUGUGUGUGCUUGCAGUAGGACAUCAUGUGUCAUCGUGGGGCGAUGGAGAUGAUUAGUGUGUGUGUGUGCGUGUGUGUGUGGUCGCUGGUGGCCCUGAGCGCUGCCCAGCUGUCUGAAGACGACCAGCGGGUCCUGGUGGAGCAGCACAACCAGAGACGCACCGAGGUGCAACCCACCGCACAGUUCAUGAGGAAGAUGAGCUGGGAUGAGAGCCUUCGUAUCAUGGCUGAGGGCUAUGCUGCCAAGUGCAUAUGGGAUCACAACCCGGAGAUGGGAGACAAGGGAGAGAACCUGUACAUCACCAGCGGGCCCCUGGACCCCACUGUGGCCGUAGAGAAAUGGUUCCUAGAGCACGAGUACUAUAACUACACCAGUGAAGAGUGCCAGGAAGGCCAAAUGUGUGGGCACUACACACAGGUUGUCUGGGCGGAGUCCCAUAAGGUGGGGUGUGCGUCUCACUUCUGUGAAGAAAUUGAGGGUCUGGAUUUCGACAAAGCUACCAUCCUUGUUUGCAACUACUUUCCUGCGGGUAACUAUGAUGGGGUGAAACCCUUUAUAGAGGGGGAGUUCUGCUCCCAUUGUCCAGAGGAUAUGCCACGCUGUGAGGACUCCCUAUGUGCCCCAGAAGAGGUACCAUCUGAGGAGGGUGAGCAGCCAGAAGGCGUUGCCACGGACGCACCUGGAGGAGAGGAGACACCUGCAGAAGAGGAUACACCCCCUGAGGACACACCCACCGAGGAAGAGGAAUCACCUGACGAACCCACUGAUGCAAGUCCAGCGGAAGAGGAAACACCUCUAGAGGAAACAGAGGCACCUCCAGAGGAUACACAGGCACCUCCAGAGGACACAGAGGCACCCCCAGAGGAUACACAGGCACCGCCUGAGGACACAGACGCCCCACCAGAAGGCUCUGAUGCCCCACCAGAGGAUUCCGAUGCCCCAUCAGAAGAUUCGGAGUCUGCCCUUGCAGAGGAGGAGGCAACCCCUCCAGAAGACCCACAACCAGAGGAAUCGGCCACACCUGAGCCACCCAGCUCCAUCCCCCUACCAGAGGAACGGACCCCCAGCCUUCCCAGCCCCGAAGACACCCCCAGUCCUGCAGAAGAACAGAGUGAAUCACAAGACACCCCAAACCUACCAGAAGGUACCCCCAGUUCUGAUCCAAGCCCUGCGGGACCAGAAGACAACUCACCAGAGGACAACCCCAGCUCUGGACCUAGUCCCGACAGCAUCUCCGAACCUGAUCCAAGCACCGCCUCCGGCCCGGGAUCCAGCCCCAUCCCGUUAUCCAGCCCCAUCCCUACUGCAGAGGACACAGCUCCAGAGAACAUCCCCAGCUCCAACCCCAGCCCAGCCGCAGAGGAGGAGGAGAGAGGUCAAGGCCCAGUGCAGGAAGGAGGCCUGGGACCAGAUGAUGGUGGCCAGGAGGGUCUCUCUCCCAGGUCGGCCGGUGAGGUCCAGGUGACAGGUGUACAUAGUCUCGGCGGGGUCAGUCUGAAGGACAUCAUGGGGGAAGUGAUCUGGGAGGGCAACAUCCACCUUCUGGAGGUGACAGUGCUAAAGGACCCUCACCAGAAGGAGGAGGCAGCUGUGGAGGAGGAGGGAUCGCAGCCCAAGGAGGCGAUUUCACUGGCAGAGGACACUCAUCCUGAGGGAGUGAGAACUGUAGAAGGAGACUCCCAUCCAAAGGGAGUGAGUGCUGGAGAUGGUGACUCAGAUUUUAAGGUAGUUAGUGUUGGGGAGGAGGGUGGGGAUGUUAGGGUACAUGAGGUGAUCAUUGCAGAAGGGGAUCCCCGAGUGCUGAAUGAGGGGGUGUUUCUGGAGGCUGAUGGGGCGAACACUCAGGCACCCACAGUGAUCAGGGGCCGCAUAAACAUUGUGAGGAAGGCAGAGAUACCUAUUGUCAUUAUAAGUGGGGCAGGGCGAUGGGUUUGGUCAGGCCUGCUGCUUCUGAUUGGCUUGAUGGCAUGUCUGUUGGCAUAGACACGGCAGAAUUGCUUGAGAGAGAGCAUUCCUGAACGCAGGGUUGGUGGGGUGGUAAGGGGUAGGUUGUGGAGUAGAGUUUGGGUUCAGGGGAAAGAGUGUGACGGAAAAGAGACAAUCACACCAUAAUCCGGCAACUCUUUGUCCAGCUAUCUCCCUCGAUUGUCUGAAAGGCAGGAUUGCUGAGGUCUCAAAGAAAGAGAUAAUGAUGUCUGUCUUUCACAGGCCGUCUCAAGAGUCUAGGUAAUGUACAGAGUAACAAUGCCACUGGCCAUGGAACCGCAUGGGAUGAGAUGGACCGAUAUAAUCAGGCCCGUCCAGCAAAUGCCUGUUCUUUUCUCUGACUGAUUAUUUAAAUCCGGUCUGUGCCCAGUAAGCUACGGCUACACUCACAUAGCCAACCUUGACCAUAUGAGGAAAGUGCUAAUGUUCUCUAUCCAACAUAGACGAACAUAUAGGACCUUGGACUAUGGUAAUGAGAGGGAGAGCCGGACGGCUUUAUUGCAUGUUUACAUUAAUCCCAAGGGCUCAAAUUGAUAGAAAUGUAUAGUGUUAAUAAAAUAGUAAGGUAGACCACUGUUGGAUCCUGGGAAACGAUACACCUGGAAUUUUCUGGAAGAUUCUUUUUAAAGACUGCUGCACAUAUUUUGCAUUACUCCAUUCACCCUGGAAGCCAUUUUAAAUUGCUUCAGUAUAAAUGGCUCAUUCAUGUUUAUAAAUGUGUAUCAACAUAUCAUAUAGCAGUACUUUGCUUACAAUAACCUGUUAUUUUCCCUGAAAACUGGUGUUGAAAUUGUAUGUAUUCUGACACGUCCUUUCCUUGAUGUACAAAUGUAUAAAUUUGAAUCUUCACUUCGGUUUAUAUUGAUUACUGGUUUAAUCAUUCUGAUUUGUCACAAAUAUUUUUCCGUAUGAAUAUUGCCGCUAGUCAAUGGAAAGCAAUAAAAAAAGGUCGUAAGCAGGUUAUUGGGCCAGUCUCUACCAUGUUACAGGAGUUGCGUAUAAAAUGUAUUCCUCAGGUUGCCAUACUCAUUUACCCAUUUCAAUCAUAAUCAUGCUCAUUGCUAUACUGCUUUUAGUAGGCUACAUUAAAUGACAGGAUUCAAAGAAAACAAUCCCUGAUACAUCACACAUUUAACAUGUAAGUUCUUAUUCGGUGUGACUUUCGGUGAAGGAAAGCAAUGCCUUGACGCGGCCCACAUGCGCUACCUGUUUGGCUUGUCAAAGUAUGCUGAACGAGUUACAGUCAUGUUAGUCAGGCCAAGCAUUGCCCUCUUGAGAUAAGGGGUUGUGAGCUUUGUUGCUUUGGUGUUUUAUAGAUUAUUAUGAGUGUUAUUGGUUAUGGGUGUUGGUCCGGGACUGAACCCACACAACCUCCGAGUUCAUUUUGCAAACCGCACCUGUCCUCAUGGCUCGGGGAUAAAAAUCACAAGCUAGCUUAUGCUAGCCACAUAUGCCACGGAUGUGAAAGUUUAUGUAAAACAUGGUCAAUAACACAUUAUUAUACAUGAUAUAUCUGGGGUGAGUUUCUCGACAACGUCAUUGUUAACUAAGUUAGCAACUUACUUGGUUGCAAUGCAAAUUCCCAUUGGAAACCAGGUAAGUUGCUAACUGGUUCAACAAAUCUUUCGAGAAACAGGGUCCUGGUCAUUUGGGACGCAUUACAAUCUCAAUUGUCUUUUGCAUUUUAGAAAUAUUUCAAUUGUAGAAAAACAUCAUGUAUGUAGGCUACACAAUGUGAGUGUUUUGUUAUGUAUGUAUGUAAAGAAAUGUGCUUUGUGUUUUCCCCUCACAUAAUACUUUUAUUAAAAAUUGUAUGAAUGUUUUUAGUGAAGGAGUAAGCCCUGAGGCUCCAUAUGAACUCACCGUGGGAGUAUCAGAGAGGAGGAGACGUCUCUUCUCUCUAGUGUGAUUUAUGAUGCGAUGUAUUCCUGUGUGAUUUAUGAAUACAGUAAUGUCUCCAUCUCUUCCCCUAAAGCAGACCCAUCUGGCUCCCAUUGAGCAACGUUAAUACGGCGAUAUACUAUAUUGGCCGUAAACAGUGCACAGCGCCACGCGCCUCUCUGAUGGAUGUUUGUGUGUGUGUGCGUUUGUAUGUGUUAGACUGCCUUAAGGGAUUGAGCAAGACAUUGUUUUGUCAGGAGAGGGGUAAAAAGAAGACGCUUUUAAGUGCAAACAUGUGUGGUUGUGUUGUUUUGUGAGUGCCUUGACGGAUAUGGAUUGACAUUGCCUUAAACGAAAAUGUGUGUGCGUGUGUGUGUGUGUAAGUGAUUUGUUAUAUCAUCAGGCAGCUAGGACAGACCAAAGACAACUCCCAUAGAUCCUUAUUGGACACAGGAGGCUGAUGUAUUGUAAUAAAUUCCAAAGAUAACCUUUCAAUGCCUGAAUAUACAGAAAAUAAAUCCUCAAAUUGUCACAAGCCUGAGCCUCGUUUGGACUUAUCUGUGUGCAGGGGUGUGUGUACAUGUGCUUGUUAUAAAAAAAUGAUAAUAAAUGAUACAGUUUUAAUGCCUGAAUAUAAAUAAAAGUUAUAGC